UUCGGAUUUCGCGUCGCCUUUUUCGCAUUUUCUUGUUCGAUCAGGCGUAGUACUAGUGACAUUGAUUCUUGGUCUGUGGCAGUAUUACACGCGUUACGUCGCUCCCAAGAACAACACGAAUGUAUGCGUGCCUGGGUUUUCUACUAGUGAAGUGCUCAAGAAACAACCAAUGACGCAGUCAGCGUCAGUGAAAGUUUUCCUGUGUGUGUUCAGCGUUAUCAUUUGCAUUCAGAGCAUCAAUGGACACUUCCACCACCAGGUUCCUCUGUGGACACCGCCCAAAGACAGGGCAUAUCCCAUAUGUGGAUACGACCUAAGAGACAGAGCAAGAUGCAAGCUCCCGCCAUGGUGCCAUGCAGGUCAUGGCUACUGCUGCCGCUACGAAUGCGUCUGUGUAGGCCGAUAUAACCCUUGCCUUCUACCGCCAAGAACGACGUCGCCACCCAAGACCACCAAGGCCACACCUCCAACCUGUAUAACGCAACCAACUACCGCUCCGACGCCAACUACGCGACCAACAAGAUUGCCGCCGAUGCCCCCGACGCCCGUUCCUCCUCUCGCCCGCAAAUUUUGAUUAAUGUUGAAUUAAAGCACUGGUGCUAAUCAGCAGAAAACCAAUCCCUUCUUCUCGCACUUAGGAAGGCUGAAAACCUUCAAAAUAAAGAAUGAAACCAAUACCAUAAAGAAAUAAAACAUUUGUUGAAAAAAACUAUUAGAGGAAAAGCCAGCUCUGACUUCCGCUACAUAGAAUACGUAAUAAUCUAGCGUGUUGACUUGAUUCAAACAGACAGAUCAAAAUGUGACGACUAAGGCCAGUAAUCACGUCUUUAGACCCAUUAAAAUGUGAAGUGCCUGAGUCGGCUAAUUAUACUAUGAUGGCACUCAGACUUGAAGC